GACACGGUCAUGUCUGUGGGUUUGUUUACGGUUUGUAGCGUUAGCUAGAGCUGCGGGUCGAAAGAGUUUGAGUAUUUCCUCUGUAACAACAUAAUCAUCUGCGGUGGAAAUAUAACUACUGCUACAGCAUACGAGGGUUUUAGACAUCGGCUUGCUAGCUAACGUUAGCUAAUUUAGGUUCACAUGUGCUAACAAGGUUGGGUAUCUGACUGUGGUCCCUGUCACUUAACGGCAAACUCAGAGCCGUCGCACGACACGGCUCUCCUCUCUUAAAUAAGUGUAGCUCUAGCUUUUCCUCCCCCCCGCGGCUCCGCACGCAUGGACCCCCACGGCGUGCACCGCUCCUGCGGGGGGCGCUGCUUCUCGGCCCCCGGCGCCCGCCAGACCCUCGCCGAGAUGGACUUCGGGAGAGGUCUGUGGUCGGCAGCUCUGGACGGAGACCUGGAGAGGAUCGGGUUGGUUUUGAAAAAAGGGACCGAUCCGGACAUCAGGGACCAGACCGGCUACACUGCGCUGCACUACGCAAGUCGCGCAGGCCACCUGCCGGUGUGUGAGCUGCUCCUGGCCCACGGCGCCUGCACCAACUCCCGGACCCACGGCGGGGCGACGCCGCUGCACAGGGCAGCAUACUGCGGCCGUCUCGCCGUGGCCCGGCUGCUGUUGGACCAUGGAGCCGAUCCCAGCCUCGCCGACGACGAUGGCUCAACACCGCUGCAUAAGGCUGCUGAGCAGAGCCAUCUGGAAGUAUGUGAGUUGAUCGUGAGCAGCUGCCCUGCCUUGAGAGCCCAGAAGGAUAAAAGACUGCGCUUACCUGUAGAUCUCUGCCCAGACCACAGUGCUCUGCUGGAGUUACUGAAACCUGCCUAGUGACCUGCUCUGCUCUGCCAAAAAGAGAGAGAUUGUAUCAGCAUGUCUCUGACAGACUCGCCUCAGCAACCAAGACUUGUUGCUUCAACAUCCGGCUGGAAACCAUUUUAGUAUCUCCACAUCUCCUCCUCUCCACAGCCCUUUCCUAUCUACUGAUGUACAUACAUUUACUGGGAAAUAAAAAUGAGAGUUAAUGUGA